UUGAUGUUUGAGACUCCUAAAGGGAUAAGAGAUCAUAUGUUUAUAAGAGGUGUUGAUCAAAGUUAUAAGAUAUGGAGUUGGCAUGGGGAGGUGGCUGAUAUUGGAGGAACAACAAGUAGGGAAGUAAAUUUUGAUCAGUCACCUAAAUACGAGGAGGUCCAAGAAACUUUACAAAUGGUUAAUGCUGCUUAUGAUCCUUGUACUGCCAACCAUGAUUCUUUUACAUGUCUUACUUCAAUGCUUGAACUUACAGUGAGUUGUAUCAUUUUAUACAUGAGACAAUUAUAUGAUCAUAUGAAGGCUGAAGGUCUACUUCAGAUGUUUGGCUUUAUCAAUCCUGCUAUUGUAUCAUUGGCUGGAAAUUUAAAUAAUCAACGAAAACGGGAUGAGAGAUCACGAAAUAUAGCAGAUCGUUUGGUGAAGGCAAAAAAAAAUCAACUCAUAAUCAUGCCUUAUAAUCCUGCGUUCCACUGGAUCUUAAUUGUCAUUGACUUCUCAUCCAUGACUGUUUAUUAUUUGGACCCAUUAAGGAAUGAUAUUUAUGAGGAUGUCAGAGUAGUUGUAGACAAUUUUGUUUGGCAGGUCUUGUUUGGCAGUUUUGUUGUAAGGCUGCUGGUCAUCUGUUUUGAAGGUCCUAUCGAAGUAAGAACUCUCUGGAUGUAAAAUGGGGAAUAUUGUACUAGAACACAAGAGGUUUCUACUGGAAAAACUCUUUUUAUUUAUGAAUUUUAGUGUGUAUAUUUGGCAAUGCAUGGCUUGUAUAGUUUGUUGAAACUAAGUGAACAAAUGCACUAGUAUGAUGUAUUUUCAGUUGAUUAGUUUCAAUACAUGCAAAUUAUUUUUA